UUUGGGUCCCGUAAAAUUGAAAUAAUCCACAUAUACAAACCUACCGAAUCAAAACCUGUGGUUACUCCGGUGGAGCGAUCGCAAUAGAAGAAGAAGAUGUCGACGGUGUACGUGUUGGAACCGCCGACAAAGGGAAAAGUGGUCGUGAACACAACGCGCGGCCCUAUCGAUAUCGAGCUAUGGCCUAAAGAAGCUCCCAAAGCCGUAAGGAACUUCGUUCAACUCUGCCUCGAAGGUUAUUACGACAACACCAUCUUCCACCGUGUCAUCAAAGACUUCCUCGUUCAGUGUGGCGACCCCACUGGAACUGGCACCGGAGGUGAAAGUAUUUAUGGAGAUGUUUUUGCUGAUGAGUUUCAUUCGCGUAUUAAAUUCAAGCAUAGAGGUUUGGUGGCAAUGGCUAAUUCUGGAACCCCUAAUUCUAAUGGGAGUCAGUUUUUCAUUACUCUUGACCGGUGUGAUUGGCUUGAUAGAAAGCAUACCAUUUUCGGAAAGGUGACAGGAGAUACAAUGUAUAAUCUGUUGAGACUUGGUGAAGUUGAGACUGAUAAGAGUGACCGGCCUUUAGAUCCAGCGCCAAAGAUAUUAUCUGUUGAGGUGUUGUGGAACCCAUUUGAAGACAUUGUUCCAAGAACACUUCAGAAACCUGAGACUAAAGCUACACGUGAUACAGAUGGUAAAGAUGCAAAGAGGAAAGGUGUAAAAAAUUUGAACUUGCUUUCAUUUGGGGAAGAAACUGAAGAAGAGGAAAAAGAAUUGACAUUGGUGAAGAAAAAGAUUGUGAGCAGUCAUGAUGUCUUGAACGAUCCUCGUCUUCUAAAGGAUGAAAAUGCUAAUAAUGAAUUGAGUUCAUCUGACAGUAAACUAAAAAGGGAUCUGCAGUUAUCUGUAAGGGAUGCACUUAUUUCAAAAAAAGAAGAGCAUCGGAAAGAUUCAGGAGCUGAUAAAUUGUCUCAUGUUGAUUCCAGUGAUGACGAUGAAGCAGAUUUUGAUUCAAGAAUGCGCAUGCAAAUACUCAAAAAGCGGAAGGAACUGGAUGAUCUCCCACCUAAACCAAAGAUGCAAAAUGGAAGGUCGAGGUCCAGUCCAGAGAAACAUUCUGUGUCAAGAGCUAGGUCCAAUUCUGUAAGUGCCGAUGAGGAGGAUCAACCAAGAGUGGAAAAAUUGUCCAUGAAGAAGAAGGGAAUAGGAUCCGAAGCAAGAGCUGAACGAAUGGCUAAUGCAGAUACAGAUAUGCAGCUUUUGAAUGAAGCCGAGAGAGGACGACAUUUGCAGAAGCAGAAGAAACGCAGACUUCAAGGGCGUGAAGAUGAAGUUCUGGCAAAACUUGAAAAAUUUAAAACCACUAAAUUAGCAAAAGAGACACCCACAACUGUUGAAUCUAAACAUGCUAGCGGUGAGGAAUUAUCUGACUGGAGAAGUGUUAGCUUAAAAUUUUCCCCCGCAGCUGGCAAGGACCGCAUGGCUCGCACCGAGGAUCCAAAUGAUUAUGUUGUGCUUGAUCCUCUUUUGGAAAAGGGGAAAGAGAAGUUCAAUAAGAUGCAAGCCAAACAAAAGAGACGUGAACGAGAAUGGGCUGGAAAAUCCCUUACUUGAUUUUGCAAGUGUCAACUAUGUGAAUUUACAAAGCUGACCGGUUUUCAUUUCGGAAGGCCAGAAUAUCCAUUCAGCUAUGGGAUUGCCUUAUAUAUUAAGUAGAAAAACUUUCCCUCAGAGAAACUGAGGAAAAAUUUGAUGCACAGAGAAUGGUGGGCUUGAUAGGCAAGGAAACUAAUGUGAAAUGCAGGGUUACCGUUCCUGUUUUAAUCUAUGCUGCAUUAUUGCUAACUCUUCACCUUUUAGUUGAAGUUAAAUGGCAAAGAUCUUAUCGCACCCUUGUGAAAGCACGUAGUUUGACAUAGUUAUAGUUUUGGUGCAAUGUUCAUAGAUGUAUUGCUUAGCUUUUCACAAACCUACUUGUUGUUUUGUAUUAAUAUUACUACCGAUGUUGUGUAUUAAUAUAAUAAUAUUGUGGUAUUUGGAAACA